AUAAAAAAUAAAAGAAUUGAAAUCAAUUUAUAUAGAAAAGGAUAUAAUAGAUAUAGAGAAAUGGCGAGCCGGGUACAAAUUUUAUUGUUUCUGGUGACAUUAUGCUGUAUGCAAUAUAAAAUAAAUGGACAUGUAGCUUUAACCUUUCCACCAGCACGAAAAUAUGAUUUGGAUUUUCUCGAUAACUCGAGGACACCAGAACCAUGCGGAAUGCCUAAAGGCACUUUAAGAACAUCAUUUCUCUCUGGAUCUACAUUCAAUGUGACUUGGCAUCUUGCUUAUCCACAUCGAGGGGGCUAUAAAAUUCAACUUUUGGAUCAUUUAGAACGACCGAAAUUAGACCUGACGCCAUCAAUUAAAGGCUCAGAAUUUGUUAGCAACGAUGCAACUGCACAAUCACAUGAAAUUCGACUACCCGAGAAUUUUACCUGUGAUGACUGUACGUUGAGGCUAUUACGGCAAGCAGAUGAAUGGGGCAACUCAUAUCGAUUUUGGUCGUGCGCUGAUAUUGAUAUAAAACCACGAAAAGAAUAUCGUGAAACGUGCUCUGGUCAUGGAAAAUAUCUUGCCACAAAGUGUAAAUGCGAUAAAAAUUAUUACGGACCGAGAUGUCAGUUCUGGGAUGAAUGUACAGCGGAUAAAGAUUGUGGUGUACAAGGAAAAUGUAUUGAUGUUGGAGGAACUGCAUUGCCAAGGAAACAAUGCUAUUGUAAAUUAGGAUGGUUUGGUCCGGGAUGUAAUAAAAAGUCAGCAAUCAAGUCGACAGAUAUUGAUUAUUCAUUGUACACAACGAAACAACUCACACCAGAUUACAAAAUUCAUUGGAGGAUAUUGAAAGAAGAGAAGGAAAUUGAAAUGGUUUUGCAAGUCAAUGGAACAUCAUGGGUUGGUUUGGGAUGGAGACCAAAGAAAUUGACAGCAGAAUGUAGAAAAUUCCCAGUUAUUAGUGAUCCAGCAGCUGAGCCAUCAUCAGAACCCGAACCAACAUCAGAACCUGAGCCAUCUUCAGAACCAAUACCAAAAAGUGAGCCAUCAUCAGUACCUGAACCUAAAACUGAACCAGAACCAUCUUCAGAGCCUAAAAGUGAACCUGCAUCUGAACCACAAAGUGAACCAGCAUCUGAACCUCAAAGCGAACCAGCAUCUGAACCAAAGAGCGAACCAGCAUCUGAACCAAAGAGUGAGCUAGUAUCAGAGCCUCAAAGUGAGCCAGCAACCGAACCAGAAAUUAGCAAAAAAUCAGAACCUUUAGCGCUCGGCUCAUCAAAAUCGAAACGUGUCGCAUCACCGACAAAAGCUAUUGAGAAAUCUGUCGAACUUCCUCAAAUUCCAGCAUCUAAGGAUGAAUACACAGUAUCAACAAGCGUAUCAUAUCGUGUGAGCUCCAGUGCAGGAAGGAAAAGACGUGCAGCGGAAAAAGAAGGAAAUAAGGAUGAAAAAUUGGAAGAUGAAACAACAAAUGAACCAGAAUCUACAGCUGAGCCACAAUCAGAACCUGCAAGUGAACCAGCAAGCACUCCUGAACCACAAUCCGAACCGGCUACACCAGAGCCUCAAUCCGAACCAGCAAGCACUCCUGAACCUCAAUCAGAACCAACUAGUACUGCUGAGCCUGCUAGUACCGCAGAACCACAAUCUGAGCCAACAAGUGAACCUAAAUCAGAACCAAGUAGUACUGCUGAGCCACAAUCCGAGCCAUCAAGCACAGCAGAACCUCAAUCUGAACCUUCAAGCACCGCUGAACCAAAAUCUGAACCUUCAAGCACUGCUGAACCUUCAAGCACUGCAGAACCUUCAAGCACUGCUGAACCAAAAUCAGAGCCCUCAAGUGAACAAGAAACAAAAACUGAAAAGCCACUUUUGGCACUUACAGCCAAAUCUGGACCAAAGGACUACACACCAAAGCAUGAUUUUAAUGCAAUGGAUUGUACUGACAUUGUCAUUGGAACAGCUCGUGGUGAAAUGAGUCGUAUUUGGGAUUACUAUACCAGAGAUCGUUCUACGCCACGCAUGGAUACAUUCUACGGUGGUAAAUCGGAGUUACAGGCCACCGGUGGUUUUGAAAAAGAUGGAGUAACGACAAUUGUAUUCCGUAAAAAGCUCGAUGCAAGUGAGCCAACGGAUCAUAGUAUUACCGACGAUUUAAUGCAUGUGAUAUGGGCGAAAGGACAAGAACCGGAGAAAUAUGUUCAUUUUCCACCAUCCGGAAUAGAGAAGGAGCAGGCAAGCAAUGCUGAAUUUUAUCAACCAGACGAACUUAAAUAUCAUGGACAUAAACUACAACGUGGUUACACACAAAUCAAUUUCUUUGAUGAAGAUAAACCAGUAUCAUCAGAUGUGUCACCACAUGAGUUGGAAAAUGAAUGUCAUGGUCACUGGAAGACACCAAGAAAUUGUUCGCAAGAGAAGCAUGAUUGUGAAUACUAUAUAAGUUGGAAGACUGCCGGUAAGGGCGAUGCAAUCAAGUUCCAUAUUGAAACAACAAACGUCAACACUUAUACGGGCGUUGGAUUCAGCGAGGAUCGGCAAAUGUCACAAACGGAUGCAAUUAUAGGAUGGUAUGAUUCACGUAAUGCACGUCCAUUUGUGAUGGAUACUUGGAUAAAUGGCUAUUCAGCACCAUUAUUAGACGACAAACAGAAUGUUUACAAUGAGACAGGGAGCUUACUUGAUGGUGUCACAACACUUGAAUUUGUUAGAAAACGUGUAACUGGUGAUGAUAAACAAGAUCAUUCCUUCACUGACGAACACUGUCUAUACAUGAUGUUCUUGACAAAGGGAGGAUCCUUUAAUUCUGUUAAUAAAAAGAUUCGUAAACAUGAACAAAUUCCAAUUGUGACAGAUAAUCGUAUAUGUAUAAAAACAUGUGGCCUAGAUCAAAAUUUUUAUGAUACAGAAGUCACAACGCCAGCACCAAAUCGUUUAGCAUAUGCCGUAUCCAUGAAAUUAAUUAAUUUAGCCGAUGGCUUUGAGGCACCACAAAAAGGCUCUCAGGAAUAUGAAGAUUUAUCUCGAACAAUUAGAAGUACAUUGGAUAAUGUAUUGGGUGACAUUCCGGGCUAUUCAAAAUUAGAUGAAAUCCAAUUUAAAAAGAAUAACGAUGACGUGAUUGCAAAAAUGAAUGUUCUAUUUGAUAAAGCAAUGUAUGAGAAAGGUCGUUCCCUCGAUGCCAGCAAUAACAAAAUUGUUGACGAGAAAGAUGAGGGUCAACCUAUUGAGAAAGCAAUUAGGGAUAGUUUGGCAACCGGAAAAGUCGGUUCUUUAAGUGUUGAUCCAAACUUUUUAGAAUUUGAGUCACUUGCUAUUGUGUCCACGGAACAAUCCACAGCCGACAAAAUUGCUGAAUUCUUUAAGCUCUCUGAGGUGCGAUUAUACACUGUACUCGGAUGUAUAGCAGCUUUAGUUCUUGUAGCCAUUAUUCAAGCCACAUGUACCAUUAUGAAAGCUAGUAAAAAGUCGAAACGCCAUAAACUGAUACCAAAUCCAGGGUGGAAAGAGUACUCAUCAAAUACGAAUUAUGCAUUUGAUGCACAUAACGAACAUGAUGAAAAACAUAAUGGAAAGUCUCGUAACGGAGCAAAUAGUCGUUCAUCAACAGCAACUAUGCAUAAUGGUAUAAGCCAACAGACUACACUGCAAAUGUCUCAUUCGCCAAACAAAUCACAGUAUUAUGAUGUUAGUCGUAAUGGAAACCGCUAUGGUGGUGACCAUCGCAAUAAAAAUGGUGACCGUCAUCAUUCUCAACAGCAGCAGCAGCAGUCACAGCAGCCGGUUCCAACAUCAUAUGCUGAUCGAUCCUAUUCGUUACCGCGUACAAUGAUACAACCACACAGUCAAAUGGCUGGCUAUUAUACACAGGAUAGACGCAAUCGUAGCAGUCAUAAUCCCAAUGGAAGUAGUAAUUAUCAUCGUCAAACGAUGGAACGUUCUAAUGGCACUGACACACCAGACUUUUAUUUCAUGCCAUCACAGAGGAAAUAUAGUGGCGAGGUUGUGAGAGUUUUCGUUGACUACAACAAGGAUCCAAAAAAUUAAAGUAGAAGGAACUGUUUUUAAGUUAGUUCCAUUUAUGACCCCGAUAAAAAAAGGAGAGAGAUGGAGUAGAAAGAUGAAGAAGGAACGAUAAAGAACUCUUUGUUAAUUAAUUAAAUUAAAGGCUCUAGCUUUAGAAAUGAGAUUACAGUCUUUACAACAAUUGUUUUAUGGUUAAGCUCGCAAUCAGCUUUAUCUUCAAUCCUCCUAAUUUUUUCUGGCAUCUUUAAUUUCCUCUUCUUCUUUCAUUCUCUCUCCUUUUUUUUCGGUAAAUAUUGUUGUAUAUUAAAUUUUAUCUCAGUGCUAAUUUUAUCGACCACAUCUUCUGCAUGCUCCGAAGCUUUAAGCUUCUAUCUUAACAAUCGUUGAGGAAUAUUGAGCACACUUGAUGCAAACGAUAACCUUUUUGACUAAAUCGCGAUAAUAUCUUUGCAAAUUGCACAGUUCAGAGCAGAAUUUCUUACUCUACUUAAUCACCAUGAUAUUAUACUUGUAUAUAAUGUAAUCCUCGAGAUUAUGUAGCAGUAAAAAUUUUUUCAUCAAAGCUCUUAUGGACGUCAAGUGUGUGCUUGUGUUCAUCUUCAAUUGUUCACCAAGCAUAAUGCAUGUUUUGUGGGCCAAAUAGGAAGAAAUGAAAGUGAGAGAGGAAAUUUUUAUCUUAGCAAAAAUGAACUUUUUUUGUGCAUGAUGUCAGGGGUGUAGAGUUCAAUGGAAAUGAUAUAAAAAAUAAAAAAAAUAAAAAAUCAGGUCAUACAAAAAUAAUCAUUUUUAAUGAAAACAGAAAGAAGGUUCUGGUCAGGAAUUUUUGUGAAAAAAAAAUAUUGCAAUUUUAAAUCAAGUUUUUGCUUGAAAGAAUUUAUGGUGUGAAUGAGGGUGAGUUUUCACAUCCUUGUAGCCCAUAAUUUCUUAUUCGCUAACCAAGCCGCUUAUCAGAGUGUCAAUGACAUUAGAAAAUGUAACUGUCGUUCCAAUAAUGACUUGCUAAUUCCAGAAUCCUUGUUAAACAUUUAAAGUUGAAAAUUUCAAAUCAUUCACAUUGAAAAUAAAUUUUGAGCCUUCAUCGGAUUCCUUCCAACCCCUGGCAUGUUACCAUUAACUUGUUCUUCCUUCUUCCUCUGUGUGUAAAUUUUUAAUUUCAUUUUAAUUAAAAUUGUUUGGAAAUACCUUGUACAUAGUAAUUAUGUAGAAAGUCAGAGUUAAAAAAAAUGAAAUUAUAUAGGUCAGUGCAAGAGAGUUUUGCUAGUAUUUAAGAAUAUAUAUACGUGCUGCAUAGCAACUAUAUACAUAUUUUUGUAGUAAAAUAUUAAUAUUAUUUAGGUUGUGACAUAAACGAGCAGUCGUCUUGUGUUAAACUUAGUUAUAAACAAUUUAAAAAUGCCACCCAAGAAGUGGACGAUGACUUUAAUCCAUUAUUACCUAACAGCGCUAAUAGUUGAUUGUUGUAUAAAAUAUACAUAAAUAGAAAGUAAUUUAAAGUGUGUGUGCCAUUGCGACUCGUAUUUCUUCCUCCUUAUUUUCCCAUGCAGUCAUUGAAUCGCGUAAUAAUAACACGUUCCAGCUCUUCCUCUAUCAUUCACAUAUUAUCAAGUUCUUCGUUUUUUUUCGCACAGCAUAUGAGUUAUAAAUACUUCCUUUUAAUAAUACAUUAAAAGUAUGUUACCACAGUCAUUUUACUCAUCAAAUUGAUAUUUCAUAUCAAUUUUCACAUUUGCUAUUUUCCUCCUUCUCCUCCACCAACUUUUUUCAAUUUUCUCCUCAUCACAUUAUGUCCCAUAGACAUGUGAAUUGUUUAAGCAUUCAUAAAAUACAUGUGUAAUAUGAUGUGCUGUGUCUAACACAUCGAAGUUGCAACACAAAAAAAAAUUCUUUUUCCCUCUUUUCUGGCAAUAAACUUACGGAAUCAUGUCAAGUUAAGACGAAAUCAAAUUUCUUCUUAGUAUUCUAUUCACGAGUCAUACAUGAAAAUUUUCCUCAUAAUAAGUUUUCUCAUUCGUAUACAUCAACAUGAUGUCAGAGGAUGUAGGAAUGAUGAGAAAAUGCAUGUAAUUUGAGCCCGAGCUGUGUGGGAAGUUUGAAUGGAAAUGGUUUUUGGGAAGUUUAUGAUGAAUUGAAGCUUAAGAUUGACUCAUUUUUAACCAGAGCUCGAAGUCGACUUCAAGCUCUGUUUUUAGCCCUCAGUCACAUUAAUAUCUGACCUAAUAUUCUUACCACUUUCAAAAUUUCUCCAAUUAUCAUUUCCUUUCAAGGAUAAUUCCACAAACAAACAUUUCUAAGCUACAAUUAAAUUCAUCCACAAAAUUACAAUUACACCCUCCAGCCUGAACAGCAGUUUACACAAUUAUUACAUGGUUUAUUACACUUAAUAAUCAAAAUGUCGACAAAGUCAUCAUUAAAUGAACAGCUCGGGGCCACUACAUAUUGUCUCAUGCCACUAGUGCAUGUGGCUGAUUAAUUGUUAAAUUAUUAAAAUCGUGUACUUAAUGUGUCUUAAAUUAGUCAAUUUCUAAAUGACAGAUGAUGAAUCUUUUCGUUCAGUUCUACAUCUACAAGAUUUUUCAUGCUCCCUUAAACUUGUCAAUUAAUAUAAAUGAGUAUUUUAUUGCUAAGUUAAUUAGUUUCAUAACUGUGUAAAUAUUAUAUUGAAUUAAAACCAAUAUUUUUUGUCGAUCGAAAUGCUGUAGUGGAUAUAAAAGGUAUUAAUUUAUGGCACAAACUUAGAAUCUUGUGCACAAAUAAACGGUUGUCAAUAAUACACGUAUAUAAGUAGUUUUAAUUAGAUACUUAAGAAAAGAAAUGUAUUAUCAUAAAAUAAACAUUAGGUGCGCAUAAAUUACAUUUUAUAUACAUAUUAGGGAUAUUAAUUAAUGUUAAUCCGUCUUGUGUGUCCUGUAAAUAUAAUCAAUCAAAUUAUCAAAGCAAUAUUAAAGUAAUUAAAGACAAAGAAAGUAGUUAAACCAAUAAUGAAGAUGAAUCCUACAAUUAUAAUUAUUUAUCCGAGUGACAGACUAUUGUCGGGGAUGUCAUUAGCACAGACGAUUGAACGGAAAAAUAAACAAAAAGAAAAUGGAAUUUAUUUCUGAUUCAGUUGUCAAGUAAGCAGUCAUUUGGUGACAACAUUGAGGAAUGACAUUUUUGUAGGGACUAUGGAUUUUUUUGUCGGAUUUAAGGGUCGUCUAUGGGUGCAUCUAAGGUUAUGCAAUCGAACUUUCGUCUUAUACGGUCUAGGGCAAAGUAUUUUAUGUUAAGGAUGUCCUUUGUUAAGAGAUGUAAUACUCUGCAGAAGUGUCAGCGCUCUACCGUCCCAUACAAAUUUUAAAGCUCAAUAACCUAAUUUUGAAGCCUAAUUCAAUAUCCAAUUUUUGACUGUCACACUCCUCAUUCCGUAUAGUUUAAAAAAAUUUUAUGUCAUAGGUUACAUAUGAUCAUGCAUGUCAAGCUUUAAAUCAACUCAACAAUUUUAUCUUAUUUCAAAUAUUUCAUGCUCAUUAAUCUUACAAAGAUUAUCCAUGCGAGCGCUUUGCGAUACAAAAUGCGAUCAAUUUAAGUAGCUUAGUCGCAUGACAUGCCGCUACCAAUAUUUCAAUCUAAAGUGUCAAAAUUCAGACAUCCCAAAAUUUAUAAAAGUGAUAAUUUUUGUUAAAAUAAUGGAACUGAAAAUUUUGCAUGGUCAUUCAUAAUUUUUUUUACAUAACUCAGGUGAAUGACAGCCUCAAAAAUUUGUCUUUAAUGUCGCUCGGAUAUGCAAUAGAAAGCUGUAAAUAGAUCAAGAUAAAUGAAAAAUAUCCAAUUACCUACAUUUUGUACUUUAUUGACACACAACUUGGGAAAAAUGAUUUAACAAUCAAAAACAGUCAUAAUAAGAUUCGUUGUUAAGGAAUAUAAUAGACUAUUAUGUAAAUUUCAUUAAUAUAUUGUACUUUAUUAAUAACAGUAACAAAAAUAUCCACAUCAGUAGUAAUAAUGACAACAAUACAAUCAAAAAACUGUAAUAGAUCAUGAAAUUCGAGAAAGCCAGAACUUUCUAUCUAUUGUUUAUACAUCAAAAUAUAUAUUAUUGCCUUGUUGAAAUCAAUAUCAUUGUUUGAAUAGUAAAUUAAUAUGAAUAUUCCAAUGUUAUUUUUUUAUUAAAAAAAAAAGAUGAAAAAUUCAGUGAAAUAAAAAUAAAACCAAUGGAAAAUAUUUUUUAUCAACAUAUUCAACGCAUUAUGAUUUAUUUUUAGACUGUCACUGGCUGAUGUGUCUCUUGUUUCAGUGAUUUAUUGCCUGACAUUUUAUUAUUCGUUCAAUUUGAAUUGACAGUGACGAAAGUCCAUGGAAAAUAGAAGUUUGUGUGAAUCGUGACGGAAAUAAAGUUUCUUGUGGCUUUUAUAAUAGAAGGUGAUAAUCAGAUGCCUCUGAGAAUUCUGUGAAUUCUUGUCAUAUUUACAAUUCUAUAUAAUAUUUGAGAAAUCGGCCUCUUUUAGGAUUCGAACCUACCCUACUGUUUCAUUUACAGAUUCACUUCCAUAUGACUCGAUUCCAAAGAUUCCACUCUACUUCACAGAAACAAAACUAGCACAUUCUUAUUGUGGGCAGUUCACUUAUGACGUCUAGGGUGGGGAAGCUAGGGAGGGGGGUAAGCCAGAAAUAAGCAAUAAAAAUCCCUGGCAAUCCGAAUUGGACUCCGAAAUUUCAUCGACUUCGAGCUCUGCCUCUUGGUAUCAAAACUUUUUAUUAGAAUUUUCAGAUCGAACCAGAAGCAGGGGUGCUGAAAUGAUAAAUUACAUUUUGAUCAUUUUUGAUCAUUUUUGACCA